CGCAAUAUGUUCAUUCGCCGACCAUAUCAGACCAGUCUAAUGUUUGACAAGUUUGUGGAGAGGACUCCUCCUCAAACGAGACUCUCUUUUCAAGUGGAAUAGGAUUGAUAUCCAGAAUAUAAUUGAUCAAAGGAUGACGUAUAGUGCUCUCAAGAUGUUCUUUGGAUUUGAGAUUCGUACAGACUCUGUCACAAGUUUGGAAGGAAUCUUGUGGAGUUGAGGAGGGUGUGUGUUAGCUCAUCAACCCUAGAUGUGAUCCCUUUGCAUGAAUCCUAUCUUCAGACGUCCAUAAUUUGACUUGUGUAUGAUUUCUUUUGGUAACCUUCCUGAAUACUAAAUUUGCUGUAAAACACACACUAAACUAAUCAUUCUGUUGAGUCAUUGACUGUAUGUUCGUGUGAGGUAACUUGCUUGUUUUUCACCCCCACUUCCUUUUGUUAACGGAAGCAACAGGCCUAGGGGCGAGACUAAAACUUUACAGAGAUGUGCUAGAACUGUAGUGCAGAAAGUUCCAGCGUCCUUUUGCAUGUUGGUUGAACUGAAGUGCCUUUAAAAUGAGUGACAAGAAAAGAUCCUCAUUUGCAAGGCAGUUGUCUACAGAUGGAAAUCGUGGUGGAAGUCUUCCGAGAGCAACGAGCCUGACUAAUCCAUCAUGGAUCCGAGAGAAUAUUCUUAUGAGAGAGUGUACUCGCUUCACUCCGGCACCACCUGAUAUCAAGGAUAGAAAGGGAGAUGAGGACCCCAAGUGCCAGUGCAAAAAGAGGAAGAAGAAACAUCAAGACAGAUUUUUGGAGAACCCAGACCCGAGUGCCAAAUGGAAAGUAGAAACCCACACCCACACAAUUCCCACCAAUGCCUAUGGAAAGAUAGAGUUCAUAGGAGCUGUAGGAGGGGCUGUUGGACAGAAAGCCAGGAAGUUCAUUAGAGUGGAUUAUGACACCGCUCCAUCCAAGCUUCUUGCACUCUUUAAAGAUGUUUGGAAGCUAACCAAACCUAAACUCCUCAUAUCAGUGACUGGAGGAGCACAAAACUUUCCCCUCAAUCACAGACUCAAAGAUGUCUUUCGUAAAGGACUCAUCAAAGCUGCUACCAGCACAAGUGCCUGGAUCAUUACGGGAGGCACCCAUGCUGGUGUGAUGAAGUAUGUAGGAGAUGCUGUGAGGGACCACAACCUUGCCAACGGACAGAACAAUGUAGUCGCCAUCGGUAUAGCAUCAUGGGGAGUGAUCACAAACAGGGCAAAGCUCAUAGAUGACAAUGGCACGUUCCCAGCUUACUACAACAUGGAUGCCAAGAAAGGCAAAACACUUGUAUCCAAACCACACAAAAACCACGCCCAUCUUGAUCCAAACCACACCCAUUUCAUCCUGGUUGACAAGGGGAGGGUAGACGAGUUUGGUGAGGAAAUCACGCUCAGGGGCAAGUUGGAGAAGGCCAUUUCAGAGGAGCAAAUACAAAAAUCCUCUGGAGAAUCUGCAUCUGUGUCUAUCCCUGUCGUAUGUGUGGUCGUGCAAGGUGGACCCAACACCAUCGAGACGGCUUUUGAAGCCAUUACAAACGGCACCCCGGUCGUUGUCGUUGCUGGAUCAGGGAGGGCAGCAGACAUCAUGGCCUACGCAUGCCAGCACACCAUAGAGUUGAAGGAAGUAGUGAGGAACGUGAUGCCAGAGAUGGUCAGAGUGGAAGUUGCCAAAAUGAUCGAGAAGGAGUUUGGACAGAAACAGUUGGACCAUCACCUUACUCGUAUCGAGGCCUGCAUUCAGCACAAGCAUCUUAUUACUGUCUAUGAACUGGGUGCCAGUUCCACCAUGGAUAUUGAUGGUGCUAUCCUUCAUGCUAUCCUCAAAGCCAACAAGGGAGGGAUUCUGGACCAGCUUCGUCUUGCUCUGAUCUGGAACCGUGUGGACGUUGCCAAGCGGGAGAUCUUCACUGAUGAUCGAGAGUGGGGGAAAGGGCAGCUGGAUGAAUCCUUGCGCUAUGCCUUGUCCAAUAACCAAGCCAAUUUCAUUGAACUUUUCUUGGAGCAAGGGGUCAAUCUAAAGGACUAUUUGACCAUCAAGGAACUGACCAUUCUCUACAAUGAGAUUCAAUCCAGUUCACUUCUAAAGCAGCUGAAGAAAAAAAGAGCAAAGAUCAACCUUGAGCAUGUGGGCAAGGUUAUCCACAACCUGAUGUUUGACACCUAUCAGCUCCUCGACCAGUACCUGCCAAAAAAAGGGGGUGAUGACAUCAGGCAGGAUGCGCCCAAACAAAACGAAGCAUACGAUGACGUCGGUGAUGAUGACUCUUCCGAUGGGGAAGACAUGGAUGAGAACGAUACUGGUGCCACGAUAAUGCCAGCAAAUAUGAAGAAGGACCAGUUUGAGUUUCCCAUGAGGGAGCUAUUCGUCUUUGCCAUCUUGCAGAAUUGGCAUGACAUGGCCAAGCUUUUCUGGGAGGAAGGCAGGGAAUCCAUAGCAUCGGCACUGGCAGGGAGUAAGAUGCUAAAGGGUAUGGCAUCCAAGGAGGAUGAUUCUGACCAGAUAGCAAACAUGGAAGAACAUGCAGAAACCUACGAGGAGCUAGCCAUAGGAGUCCUGAAUGAAUGCUAUAUAGAGGAUGAAAAACGUUCAGCUUUGCUUCUUGUUUUUGAGCUUCCGUCCUGGGGGAAUUCUACGUGUCUUAGUUUGGCUGUGGAAGCCAUGGACAAGAACUUCAUUGCACACCCUGGAGUGCAGAGUCUCCUCACUCAGAUCUGGAUGGGAAAGAUCUCGGAUAAGACAAGUCCAUUUCACCUAUGGAUGUGCACUCUAUUCCCUCCAUUGAUAUACUUCCUGGUGAAGUUCCAUGAAGAUGAUGAAGAAGAAAAGCUUUCCGCUGCCAAGUCAAUUAUGGGUGCACUUGACCAUCCCCCAUCAGACAACGGAGACAAUGGAAUGGCCAGCCAGACCAAGUAUGGGCUAGACAUUAGGUACAGUGGCGUGGCUCUGUCCUGGUGGCAAAAAUUCAAGUUCUUCUACGAUGCGCCAAUGAACACUUUUAGACAUAAUGUGUUGUCCUACAUAGUCUUCUUGGUGCUGUAUAGCUAUGUCAUCCUAGGCAAAUUUGCGAAAGACUAUUUUGAGUAUGUGCUCAUCAUCUGGGUCGUGUCUUUGUGCACAGAGGAGUUUAGACAGAUUGCACAAGGUGUAAACAGCAGCUGGUCGAGUCGCCUUUUAGCGUGGAUCACCGACUACUGGAACAUUCUUGAUAUGGCAACGCUGAUCACCUUUGCAGUGGCAGAGAUCCUGAAUUUUGUCGGCUUUUCUGAAGCAGGUCACGUCCUCCUCUCCUUGAAUCUGACCCUCUUUUUCAUCCGUGCGCUCCAUAUCUUCUCCAUCAGCAAGCAGCUGGGACCCAAACUCAUCAUGAUCCAAAGGAUGAUGGUUGACCUGAUGUUCUUUGUGGCCAUCCUGGCUGUGUUCCUCAUCGGUUACGGGAUUGCAUCUCAAGCCAUCCUCUUUCCUAACGAGACGGAUGUCAGUGUCAUCAUGAGAGGCAUCCUGAUGAGGUCAUACUUCCAGAUCUUUGGAGAACUCUUUCUUGAAGUCAUUGAAGGUUCUGACUGCACAGACAAUUCCACUCUGGUUGAUGGUGUAGACUUUUUCCCAUGUCCUGAACAUUCCUGGAUUGGCAUUGUCCUCUUAGCUGGUUACAUGAUGAUCAGUAAUGUUCUACUUCUCAAUCUACUCAUUGCCAUGUUCAGUUACACCUUUUCAGCCAUCCAAGACAACACCGACACCAUCUGGAAGUUCCAGCGCUAUUAUCUGAUCAAGGAGUACUUCAACCGCCCCACUAUCAUACCACCAUUCAUCUUGGCCUCUCAUUUCUUCUAUGCAGUACGCUUCGUCAUACAACACUGUUGUAGAACUUGCACCCACUGGAAGAUACCUGAACUCAAGCAAUGGUUGACUGAUCAAGAAAAGAAGACCUUGGUUCUAUGGGAAGGCAUCAAUGCAGAUAACUACACAGCCAAACAGAGAAUAUUGGUGCAACAGAACCUCAAUGAGAGAGUCAAAGAAACUGGUGACAGAGUGGAAGACAUGACUAUAAAGCUAGACCAUGGAGGAAAGGGCUUUGGAGAAAGACUAGUCAGAUUGGAAAACGGGAUGGAACGUACCAAUGAUGCCCUGGAUUGGAUGAUCAGUGCUCUUUCAAGUCUUUCAAGUAGCGGUAAUAGGGAGGUCAAAUUGGCACCACCCAAACUCAAGGACAUCCAAAGGAGAGAAGAUUCUUUAGACAUUGCUGAGGAAGUAGCUAGAUUUAAAGUGCCUGACUCCCUAGAAGCUUUAGGUAUCAUGAUUCAUAAGAAGUCUCGGGCCAGUCCCUAUCCUGGGACUGCUAUGAGAAGAUUCCCUGUCCCAGACGACAAGGUUCCUUGGGAGACCGCUUUCCCGCUCUACACACCGGUGCGAUACACUCAUCGGAGUGUAGAGAAAGGUCCCCACUGGGCAGACAUUGAUCUCAUGAGCAUGCCAGAGAGCUCACGUCCAGUACUCCUCUACAAUCAGAUGGAUGAGCAAUGUAAAUACAACAGAAGGAGUCACAUGAAGGCGUACCAAAUCAAAGACGGGCUUCCACUAAAUCCCAAAGGACGUACAGGACUCAGUGGUAGGGGUCUACUAGGAAGAUGGGGUCCGAACCAUGCAGCUGAUCCCAUAGCAACAAGAUGGAAGAGGAAGCCAGAUGAUGGAUCCAUCUUAAUGGAUGAAGACAAGCCAGUCCUAGAGUUCAUUGCUAUACAGAGAGUGGAUAAUCAGCAAUGGGCAAUACCCGGUGGUAUGGUACAGCCAGGUCAUUUGGUCAGUGAGACUCUGAAUAGAGAGUUUGGAGAGGAGGCCCUGGGUGCUCUCAACAAGACAGAUGAUGAAGCUGCUCUCAUCAGGAACAUGUCAACAAGCUCUUCUCGAACGGUGUUGAGGUAUACAAGGGUUAUGUGGACGAUCCAAGGAACACCGAUAACGCCUGGAUAGAGACGGUCGCAAUGAACUUCCAUGAUGAAGAUGGUUCUGGCUUUGAUUCUUUCACUCUGGAGGCUAGCGACGAUGCUCAGAGUGCAGGGUGGCGGCAAGUCAGCUCCAAGAGCCCUCUAUUUGCCAGUCACAUGGCCAUGCUCAAGAAGGUAGCCGAUUUACAUAAAGCUGCC